AUGUUCAAAAAGGUAUUCAAAAUUGAACCCGCAAUUCUUAAUGAAGAACAAUACGUACUCCGCCCGGACCACAUUCCGGAGCAAGAUGAGCGAAUGAAAUCCGAAAGUGACUGUUCGGAUAAUCCGUUGUAUUCUGACAGAUACUUGGACGACACCUCUUCACACAAUCCGCGCAAAAGAAAGCAAGGACGAAAACCGAAACCAAAGCCAACCGUCGGAUCCGAUGUGAUGGACGAACUCGAAUCGAAAACUUUCGACCGCGUUGAAAUACCCGCCGGUCACGUGCUGUGUUGUGCUUGCUUUAAAAGCUACUCUACCUGGAGUGCGUUGAUGGAACAUGGCGAAACAGCGCACCGCAGGAAUCCCCCACCAAUUUCGGUUAAAACGCAUUUCUGUAAAAUAUGCUUCCGAGGCUACCUAACCCGGCGAGCGAUCAAGGAACAUCGCGAGAAAGUUCAACGAAUGGUGGUGUAUGAAUGUAGACUGUGUCAAAUGCGGCUCGUGAACUCGGUUAAACGUCGAACCCAUGCUCAGAAUCAUGAUAAGAAAGCAAAUAUCGUCACUGACGAAGUCAAAGCCACGCUAGGUAAAUUGUGCUGUGCAAUAAAUUGUAACUGUUCCUUUCCUACCGACGAGCUACUGAUGCAGCACGCUCAAACGGUUCAUAAGUUUAACAAAAUUGAAGCCGAUAUCGGGUUCAACCAGGAGCGACCGAUAGGAUGCGAUAUCUGCCACAAGCAUUUCUCGACCGAGAAGGGUCUGCAGCAGCACCGGAUACGAAAGUAUCUACCCAAACGUCACCAGUGUUCGAUGUGCGGCGAAAAGUUUCACAGUCCAAGUGAUCUGAUACUACACGAACGGAUUCAUCGGAACGAGCGAAAUGUGCCGUGCGAAGUGUGUCCCAAACGAUUCUACACUGCGCAGCAGCUUAAGGAUCACAUGAGAAAGCAUGCGGCUAUUCCGCGAUUUAUUUGUAAUCUUUGUGGGAAAGCCUUCAAACAAAAUAAGAUUCUACAUGCGCACCUGCUGGCUCACGAAGGCCGGCUGCCGUACGUGUGUGAUGUCUGCAAUAAGGGUUUUCGGGUAAAGAACAAGCUGACUUACCAUAUGCGAACGCAUACAGGAGAGCGACCAUACCCGUGCAGUCACAUUCAUGUUAAUGGUUUUCCUAUUUUCCGAUCCAACCCACUAGACUACACACCGCCAUCACCAUCAUCAUCAUCAUCGUCACCAUCAGCGACGAAAGCUUCCAACAAGACCGCCCGCAACCGCCGGCAUCACACCAACAUCAUCGAACGGCGCAACCAGCGGGAACGGGUGCGUGUCCGCCUGGUGAACGAAGCUUUCACUAGACUGCGCCAGAUGGUGCCAGCGACCCGAUCCUCGUCCAAGCGAGUCUCGAAAGUGAAAACCCUUAAACGUGCGGUUGACUACAUCGGCGAGCUUCGUCGGCGGCUGGCCACCUUCGAGAGCUUCCUGCUGACUGAUGUCGGGAUCGGGCUGAAAUCUUCCCAAUCGUCGUCGUCGUUGUCGGCACGGCAGCCCCGUCAGCCGGCAUCAGCAGACGAUCUUCGAUGGAAGACGCUGCCGCCGCCUAAUUACGAACCGUUGCAGUCGGAGUAA